AUGUCCUCGUCGGAACGAAUCGGAAUCGCCUCUGGAGCCUUAGAGUCCGACGAGCGUACCCCCCUUCUCCGCCAACCAGAAGAUGAUGGAUCUAGCGGUAUCUCAGAAGAAAGUAGCAUCUCUGAGAGAUACACACCUUUACCAAAGCUACAGCUGGGGGUAUGCCUUUUGAUACAGUUCGCAGAGCCCAUAACAGCGCUAUGUAUCUUUCCAUUUAUCAACCAACUCAUAUCCGAACUCGACAUCACUCACGGCGACAAAAAAAGGGUAGGAUACUACGUUGGCAUAAUUGACUCCUUAUUUUUUGCCGUCGAGGCUAUCACUGUGCUACAAUGGAGUCGUCUUUCCGACCAUAUCGGUCGCAAGCCUGUGCUCAUGAUCGGCUUAUUUGGACUGACGAUAUCGAUGAUCUGCUUUGGCCUCUCUCGCACGUUCUGGACACUCGUUAUCAGCCGUUGUUUGGCUGGAGCCCUCAACGGAAACAUUGGUGUCAUGAAGAGCGUCACGGCCGAACUAACGGAUGAGACGAAUAUCGCCCAGGCUGUUAGCCUCAUGCCUGUAGUCUAUGCCUCAGGAUCGACUAUUGCGACCUUCAUGGGUGGUGUACUAUCCCGUCCCAGCGAUCGCUUUCCGAAGGUUUUCGGAGGUGAUUUCUGGAAGGAAUAUCCUUACUUUUUGCCAUGCGGUGUGGCUGGGGCAUUCAGCGCGCUUUCUUGCGUCGCCACUGCAAUCCUUCUGAAAGAGACAUUGCCCAAGGACAAACGUGCCCUUCCGCCCAGUUCACAUUCCACCGUGCAGAAUUCCCCCACGACGCGUCAUCGACAUACUCCGAACAUCCAUCCCGACACGGCCGUCUCCCUCCGCGAUCUCAUCCACAAUCGAGCCGUCAUGAUCUCCGCCACCAACUACGGCUUCCUCGCCCUCCUCGACGAAGCCCUCUUCGCACUCAUCCCGCUCUUCUACUCCACGCCCGUCGCGCUCGGAGGACUCGGAUUCCCUCCCUCCACCAUAGGGUACUGUAUCGGUGCCUUCGGAGUCGUCAACGGCUUGUUUCAGGCUGUGUUUUUCAGGACUAUUGUGGAGAGAUUUGGGUCGAGAGCAGUGUUUAGGUUGUCUAUGAGUGUUUUUGUGCUCAUUUUUGGACUGUUUCCGGUUAUGAGUUGGUUGGUGAGACGGGAGACGGGGAUGAGUUGGGAUGUUUGGGCGGUAGUAGGGUUACAGCUAUGCUUGCUUGUGAUCAUGGAUAUGGGAUAUGGUUGCAUUUUUAUCUUCAUCACCGAAGCGUCGCCAAAUCCCCAAUCCCUUGGUGCCACAAACGGCCUCUCCCAAACCGUAGCCUCCAUCGUCCGAACCAUCGGUCCAACUCUAUCGACCUCUCUCUUCGCAGUGUCUAUAGAACGUAACCUCGUCGGUGGUAACGCCGUAUAUAUCCUGAUGAUCGCGCUCUCGCUGGCGUCUAUUUGGCUCGCGGGACGUUUGCCGGAUGAAGUUAGUCUGAGGUCGAAGGAGGAUUGGAACCGCUCGGUAGAGGAUGUGGAUUGAUGUCAGAAGGAUGGUACAACAGAGGGAACUUUAUGAUAUGAAAAUAUUAGGCUGUAUCAGUCAUACACAAUUACUCGAGUAGUAUAGCACUGUUAUCUGCCUUUCGACCCGAGAAAAUCCAUAGAUUU